AUGCCAGAUAACGAUUUAAAACAGAAGGUAGAUGAUCUGAAGAGCAGUAAUGAUAUUUUGGCGCUUGCAAUACAGCGGACAAGAUUAUCAGUGAAAAGGUUGAAGUUAGAAUACAGCGUACUUUUGGAAAGACUGGAGUCAAGAGUAGAACUUGACCCUGAAUUGCGGUCUGAAAAUCCCUUACCAACGUUAGAGUCCUUCAAGAAUGAGCUUAUGACCAAACCACCAAAGAAAUCUAAGACUAAGAGACGAAAAACGAAGGACAGAGAUCCGAACUUGCCCAAGAGACCCACUAAUGCUUACUUGCUUUUCUGUGAGAUGAACAAGGAGAAAAUGCGGAAAAAUGGCUCUCAAGAUGUAUCUAAGGACCUCACUGAGGCCUGGAAAACGUUAAACGAACACGACAGGAAGCCUUACUACAAACUUUAUAAUGAAGAUAGAGCGAGAUACCAGAAAGAGAUGGAACUAUACUCAAUCAAAAUGGGCCAUGGGCGAAACAACGAAGAAGAAGAAGAACCAGAAGAUACCGAGGUAGUUAGGGAAGCGAAGCGUGGAAGGACAGAGGAUGAAGAGGAAGAUGAUGAAGACGAUGAAGACGAAGAGGAGGAAAUGGAUCGCGAGCCUGAUUCGGAAAUGACUCAACCUGGCGACGACGACGAAGAGGACGAAGAUGAAGAGGAGGAAGAGAUGACCGACCUCCCUCCUAGCGAAACAUAG